UACAAUUCAAGAUGUCGGCCUAUGUCAACGAAGUGGAGAGGGUGUGUGUUGUUUUCUUCAUAAUAAGCUGUUUAAAUACAAAUUAUUUCAGUUUUGUAUGCAUUUGUAUGAUAGACGAAUUGAAAAUUUAAUGAAUUCAACAGAUUUCUCAUAAGUGCUUUCUCUAAAUGAAAAAUGGCGAAGGUGUAGGUUUCAGGAGUGCCGUGCAGGUUCCUUAUUCCACCCAGCAGGGAUUAUCAGAAUAGUUCAUGGACUGUAAUGGGCAAACACAUUCAGAUCUGGAUGACAGAUACCCCUGGUAAAGGGGUUCCCAGUGCAUGUCAGUAUUUUUGAGUACUCUGUGAUAUUAACCGUCCUCCAUAAGGAAGAUGACAUGCCAUGACAUCGUAUAGAAGUCCUAGAGCAGAAAUUUUAGCAGGAAGCCGAAUUCGAAGUGGAAGCAUUCUCUCUGAUGAAGGAUCUCAACAAGAAAGCUCAGUGUCAUCCAGAUCUUCAUCACAGAAUUCAUCUUGUAUGGAGGGCAAUGCAGCUGGAGAAUCUGUCCCAAGAGGUCGAUUGGUGUAUGGAUCUAAAGUGAGUAAGAUGAAAGAAAAAUUUCAACAAGGGUCAAAGAAACCAGAAGAACCGAGGUCUCUUUCCGCCAGCAGGGCCACAACAUCUGAGGCUGACCGGUCACCAGAGAUCAAGAGAAAGAAAACCAGUGACCUUCAGUCCAGUGGAAACAUGCAAGGUGAAAAUGAUAAGCCCAAUCUGCAUGAUGCUGCAAACCAUGUACAGAGAUUUAUGUACACUAGGGCUCUGUUUGCUAGAAUGGAAGAAAAGAGCCGUCCUCCAGUAGAACCAGUCCAGCUGACUCGACCCCGAAAGUUGUCUAACUCUGCUGCAGGUCCACUGUCUCCCGUCCUCUCUCCAGAGCACACAAAAAUAGCCCCACCAAAAGAUAACAAAUGGCCAACAACAGAUAAAGUUGACAAAGAUGAUCAACCUCAGGAUUCAGGAAUCACUGGUGGGAAGUCCAGGUUUGAACAAAAGAGCACAUACUCCGCAUUUAGUAACAUGGCUGGAGGCUUACUCUGGAAACGCAGGCAGUAUGAGAGCAAAGCAAAUCCAGACUACGGCAAAAAAGAUGAUAUCAUAGGUAAUCAAAAUGGAGAGACGGUGAACUUACUAAAUCGAGGAUACGAUCAUUCAGGAACCACAAGAGGGAUAGGUGCAAGGAAAAUUCAGUCUGAUGAAAAUUUGUUAUCUAACAGUUCCAGUCAAGAAGUAAAUGAAUCAUUAACCCAGAGAACCAGAUCAGAUUCUUUAGAAUCAGCAAACACUUCACAGCAUUCAUACUAUGACAGUCAAAGAGCUGUGACAUUGCCCCGUAAUUAUAAACCCUCUGAAAGUGUGGUAAUGAGACCAAAACGAUUUGAUAUUGAUGCUAGGAAGGAUAAUGCCAAAAGGUUAAGUAAAGAGGAAAUUCAGGCUGCAAUUAACAGAGCAGACUCUUACUUAUCCCACAAAUCAGACACAAGCAGUGACUUUCAAUCGAAACGGCGUUCGUGGGAACUGCGAGAACAAAUGUCUGAUGUCUCUGAAGGAAAUUUGUAUGGAUGGACUAAAAGCAAAAAUCAGAGGUUGUCUAGAUCCACAGACUGUUUAGAAAACAGGAAUAAUGAAUCCUCUUCCAAAAAUUCAGAAGCUGAUAAAGAGUCUGUGGAUCAUUUGUCAGAAGAAAACCCCUCCAUGGUAGGAGAGAAAGUACAAAAUGUAUCAUCACCCACCAGACAAAUUCCAGGUUGUAAACCUCCUAUACCAACUAAGCCCAGUAUAGCACUGAAUACUGGCUCAGUCAGCGAUUCAUCUAUUGUGAAUGCUGUACCAGCCAGAAGACAGUCCCCUGUACCCAAACGAACAGCACCCCCUCCUCCUAACAGGACUCCUCCUGCACUUUCCAAAACUAUCCUUUCACCUUCCAAAACUAUCCCUUCACCUAUCUCACCCAGUAGUGAUUUUGUGAGAGAUUUUGAUGAUCAAAAGAAGAGUGAAUCUGUAAAGAGAACCUUUGAUAAUGAAAGUUUGGAAAAAACUAUUGUAAGUGAAACAAAAUUAGAUUUGCAAAGUGUGAAUUCUCGAGACAAUACCCCACAUUCAAUUGUCUGUGAAAUGGAAAGACCUUAUCAAAAUGUCACCAGUUCUAAAUCAGGUCUGCGUGAACCUACUUCACAUUAUCACUCUGAGAAAGACCAAAGGACUACAUCCCCAAAAAACAUUGAAGGAGAGAUUGUGCCAAAAGAGACGGUGGUCAAUCAAUCUGCCUACUCACCAUCUUCUGUGAUAGCCAACAAAGGAGUUGACAGUGACUCGGAUCUCUAUGAACCUGUGAUUCCAAAGUGCCACUUGCCACCCCCUCCCCCUUAUCCCAACCCCCCACCCCCACCAUAUGAAAGUCACGUGUCUCCACCCACUUCGAGUAACUAUUCCACUUCCCUCCCUUCCAUGGUGGACCAGCUUCCCGCAUCUCAUCAUUAUGAGAACGUGAAAUCCUCCACAUAUGUGAAUGAUGAGAAUUAUCAGGAGGUACGAAAUGGGGAGUUGACACCACCAGUCCAGAAAAGGCUCACUGAAGGAAUGACAGAGGAGUCCGACAAAUAUGUGAAAACAGGAUCUAGAAAUGUUGUAUACGUAGAUACCAAGACCGAGAUUCCACCCAGGGAGGCAGGGGACGGUCAUGAGGAACCAGAUUCUGUCCAUUCCGACAGCCAGACAGAAAUCCAUGAGAAUGUCAGUGUUCCCCAUGAGUUCAUAGAGAUAGAAGGCCUGGACAGCACUGACGAGUCGUCAGAUGAUGAAUCCCAACCCUACAAAAAGGCUUCCAGGGUGAAGUUCAGCAGAGCACCCAUCAAGCUUUUCCACACUUUUUCCACCGAUGAAUACGAUCGACGAAACGAAGAUGUUGACCCAGUAGCAGCAUCCGCGGAAUAUGAAUUAGAGAAGCGAGUGGAAAAGAUGGAUGUCUUUCCUGUGGAUCUGCUCAAAGGUCCAGAGGGCCUGGGACUCAGCAUCAUUGGCAUGGGUGUAGGUGCUGAUGCAGGAUUAGAGAAACUAGGAAUAUUCAUCAAGACCCUGACAGAAGGAGGAGCUGCACAAAGGGAUGGGAGAAUUCAAGUGAAUGACCAAAUAAUUGAGGUGGAUGGGAAGAGUUUGGUGGGUGUGACACAAGCUUAUGCAGCAUCAGUACUGAGGAAUACCAGUGGAAAAGUGCAAUUUAUGAUUGGAAGAGAAAAGGAUCCCAGUAGAAGUGAAGUAGCUCGUCUGAUUCAGCAAUCAUUGGAACAAGAUCGCAAACGGGAGGAAAUGAAGAAAAUGGAGCAAGACAAGCUCCAUCGUCAGCUGGAAGAGCAGUUCCACCCUCGAGAUGAGAUCAUGGAGCACGAGCACAUGAGGCGAAUGUCGGAGACGGAAACUGGACGAGAGUUAGAUGAGACGGAUGAAGAGGAGGAAGACGAGGAUGAAGACCAUCUGGUGGAUGAUGACAAGGACAUUGAUGAAUCUGAGAAUGCAGACAAUGACAAUCAGAACAGUCACUCGGAAUCAGACAACUUGGCGAUGGACACCCUGGAGACGGCUGCCGGUGACAGCACGCCCUUGCUUAUGCCACCCGACCUGGAGGAGGAAAGCCCCACUGACUCACCGGAUGAGAAGCCAUCCAUGGAAGUAUUUGAACUGCAGGAAAGCAGUAGCGAGUCCAUAUCUCCUGACAUGGAGUCUCAGGCACUAUUCAUAAAACUCAAAGAGGCUCAGUAUAAAAAUGCUGUAAAUGAAGCAGAAUUGGCAAAAGUAAAAGCAAGAAUUAUAAUGUUGGAAUCUGCUGAAAAUCAAACAAGAGAAACAGAGAAGAAAUGUGAACAAAUGGCUCACAGGCUGAGGGAAAUGGAAAAAAAAUUGGAAAGCAAUCGCAAAGAGAUUAACCAUUAUCAGGAUAUGCUUGAGGGAUCCCAAGGCCAAUAUAUUUCAUUAGAAAGGAAAAUGAAAGGAGAGUUCAUAGGCCUAGAGAAAAAAUACCACAAGGCCAAGAAAUUGAUAAAAGAUUAUCAGCAGAGGGAAAAGGAUUUUAUUCAAGAAAGAGAGUCUCUCUUACAACAACAAGCAGAGAAAAAUCAGCAAUAUGAUGAUUUAGUAAAAUCCCUCAAAGACAGGAUCUUUGAGUUGGAGAAGGAGCUGGGGGAGGUACAGAAGGUAGCAGGAUUACCUGUCCUCGUCCCCACCACUCAGCAUCCAUUACCGUCACCGACUGUUCAACCCAAACUUGUUCAAAAAGUUGAAUCUUCUCCAUUAAAUGAAUCAAUGUCAUCGAAUUCGGAUAUUUCACCAAAUAAAGCAGAGAAUGGACUUGAGGACGACAGUUCCUCAUUGGACAGUUUUAGGGACGCUGUCCCUCAUACGUCAUUACUGGACACAUCAGCCAAUCGAGACAAAGGUCAACUGGCCGCUGCUGGCAACAGGGCCAGAAGGCCGCCUAGUAAACGCAAUAUUAAGCAGGGUUCUGAAAGUGAAACUUUUGAGGAUGAACAGGAUGAGAGUGGAUUAGAAACUUGGAUCAAACAUGACAGUUUCAGUAGUAGUGAAGAUGAGUUUUUCGACAGCACAGUCAAGAAAAGUGAUGCAAAAAAGAGAAAAGCUCAGCAGAAGAAUUUAUUACAACCCCCCAAUAUACCACCCCCUCCCCCACCUCCCCAGGGGCCCGACAGUGAUUCUGUCAGUGACCAGUCCCACUCCAGGCAGGAUAGUGAAAAUGAGGAUUCCUCAUCAACAGUGUCUCAAACCUCAUACGACCCUUCUCAGCCAAUGUUCAAAAACAUGCACUCGGAAAUCCCCGACUCCAUGCCUGAAGUGGUUGAAAUCCCCUCCACAGGCAGUGCAGGGAAAAGUAAAGGCCUAGGUUUGUCCAAAUUGUUAAAAUUUGGUAAGAGUGGAGGUAGUGCUGAAAACUCUGGUGUGGUUUUGUUGUCCAAUCGUUCACUAAAUAAGGAUCAUGUGACCUCUGGAGAGGAAGGGGGCAUUACUCUGAUAUCCAAACGCCCCUUGGAUAUGUCAACAGAGUCACUAGAUGUGAGGAGUGCAUCCCCUAAAUAUGUACCAGGUGCUAGUACAACAAGUGACGUUUCCUCUUACAUGGUACAAGACUAUGAUGAUGAAGAUGGGAGAAAGACUUUCUUUUCUCUCAAUAUCUCAGGAACUCCUGCCAAUGAUGACAAAUCUUCUAACAGACGACCGGUCAAUCAGUUUCAAUCUGGGUCCAUUUCGGAGUGGUCAGUAGAAAAUGUUGCUCAUUGGUUAAUGCUUCUCGAGUUAGAAAGAUACAUCCCUCUGUUUGCGGAGAAAAAUAUCACAGGACCUCAACUAAUUCUACUAGAUGGCACAAAAUUAAAGACUAUGGGCAUUGCAAGUAGUAAAGAUAGGGACUUGCUGAAAAAGAAAAUCAAAGAAAUUAAAACAGGAAUGGAAAAGGAGAAGAAGAUUCAGGAAAAAGAAAGAAAAGCUAAAGAAAAAGAACAGAAAAAACAGCUUCAGAAGAAAAAGUGAUCAGUAAGAAAGAAAAAAUUCAUAGUAUCACCCUGUUGUGAAAACUAUUGAGGCAAUAGCAGAUAGUGCUGUUACAAAUCUACUUCUUAGCAAUGGCCUGGCUAAAAGCAGAAACUGAUGCUGCGAAUAUGUUACCGCCCCGGAAGAUACUGUAUGUAAAUUAAGGGGAAAACUGAAUAUUUAAUCAAAUUUAAGGUUAGUAACAAAGGUUUAGUGAAUGUUCAUGUGAUGCCGAUUUUAGAAUGCUCAUAUUCUUUAAGGUUAAUGAUUGUUUUACAUGAACAAAGUUAGGGGUUCAGUCCGAGUAAUGGCUGAACCUGCUGCAUAUGGUCACAAAGUGUAGUCUGUGUGCUCACAACCCAGGGGUUGUUGUUAUUGUUUUGUUGUUGUGAUUAGAAGAAUGAAAUUUUAUGUCAAGUUUACUAUGUACAAUAUGAUUGGUUGAAAUAUCAUCUUUUAUUUCCAUAUAUGAUAUGUAUUGAACAAGAUGAUAGGCUGUCAUUUUCUAAUGUCUUUUAUGAUUGGCUGAAAAACUGCCAUAUUGAUUGUCUCCCUAUGAUGUAUUUGUUUAAUUGAAAUCUCAACAUGACUAUAGGAGGCUGGAGCCCUGGUGUCUUCUCCAGCCAUUGCAGGGUAUACACAUACAUAGCCAUGUUCAGAAUAUUUGUCUCAGAGUACAAAAGACCACAUCAAUUGCUUUGUUCCCAAGAAAGAUAAUCAGAACUUUAUCAUAUCACAUAACACCUACAACACCAUGUAGUUUUAGUUUAUAUACAAAGGUAUAUCCAUUGGUUGUUAACAAACAUAUACAUAUAUAUGUAUCCCACCAUAUCUUUUUUUAGUAUGUAAACUGAGUGCCAGUGGUUGUUAUGUGUAUAAAAAAUAUAUUCAAACUUGCGUUUAUUGUACAAUAUAUUUGUAUUAGAUAUCUAUAUAUUAUCAUAUUGUCACAGACAAUACCAAAUAAACAUUCCAGAAACAUCGUAGCUCCGUUCAUCUAUCAGUUACUUAAGGUCAGUGGUUUUUUCCUUUGCAUUGUUGUUUGAAAAUUUUCAUAAUAAACAUUAGCAUGUUUCAUCAGCAUUACACCCUUGUGUCUGAUUUUAAAGUCAUUAGGUGAAGGGCAGAUGGAGAUAGAGAGGGGAGAUACUUGUAUACGUACAUUUCUGUUAAAUUUCAUGAAUUAAUAAUACUGAGAUUAGUAGUUCAAUUUUAACAGAAAUUCCAUGUGUUAAUGGCUGUUAUGUUUUACCAUUGUCUUUAAAAUACUCUCAGAUUGUCACAAAAAUGCUAUUUUUAGUGAAACUUUUGCAUCUUGAUUACUGUUGAAUGAAAAUACUUUUGACAUUGGUGCUAAAUGUAAUCAGGAAGUUGACAUACAAAUGUGAAGAAAAAAAAUUCUGUCAUGUUCAUUUUGUGAUGAUUUUCUUUUUCAUUUAGUUUUGUCUUGUGGAUGCAGUUUUAGGCUUGUUCUUCGGAAUGGAAUCCUUUAUGUUGUGAAUCAUUUGUUGUUUCGUUUGUUAUUUUUGGUUUGGAAAGGUAACAAGUUAUCUUUUUUUUCUAUCUCAAGGUACAUGUAUUUUGAGUUCAGACAAAUGGUUCACUAAAUUGGAUUAUUCUUUGCAGCUGUUUACAAAUUUUCAUUAAGAAUAAUAUUUUUGGGACCAUAAUGAGUGUAUUCUGUCUUGAUUCAAGUAGCUGUUCCAGUAUGUAUUCUGUCUGGAUUCUAGUAGCUGUUCCAGUAUGUAUUCUGUCUGGAUUCUAGUAGCUGUUCCAGUAUGUAUUCUGUCUGGAUUCUAGUAACUGUUCCAGCAAGUGCCCAUGGCAUUCCCAUUGGAAUGACAAGCAUUUCAUUGAUGUUUGUGGUUUAGAGAUGGUUUAUCAAUAUACAUGUAUCUGUUUACCAUGUUGAGUAAAUCAAGACUUUGUCAGAUGUUAUGGGCAUUGACUGAAAUGUAUAUUCAUUAAAUUGAGGACCACUUUAAAUGAAUAAAGGCUACAUUAUUCUUCAUAAGACAGAAAAAAUGAAAGUGUUCAGAGAUUAUGAUAUAUUGAAUGACUUGAUCAUGCCAUUUUGGAUCUUUGUCUAUACUUUUACUGACAAUAAGUAGAGCUAGUAUUUACUUUAAAACUAUACAUGGUAUUGUCACACAAAGUUUUAUUCAUAUGUCUCCCGUUCAGUCGACCAGGUCUUCUCUCACUGGUGCUCAUCUGUGACAUUGGUGCAUAUAAUUGCCGCUGGAAAUUUAUUUUGGUAGAUUGAUUGUUAAAUAUUUAUAUAUACACUGUAUUUAUACACCUAUAUAUGUAUCAGCAUUUUCUUUUCAAUUGAAGGUUGUGUACAUUCAUAUAAAAUCUUGUUUUUAACAAUACACAUAACUGUAUAUCAUGAUUUUGCUUUCCUAACAAGUCUUGUAUGAGGAAGGAUGUUGAAUAAUCCUCUUUAUGUGAAAAAAAAUUACAUUUUUGUUAUAUUAACCCUUCAAAAUGAGUUGCUGUAUAGCAAAUUUAUCUACGUAAUAGUGCUUUUUUCCGUAAAGUGCAUUUCUGCUGAAUCAGCUACAUAUGGUACAUUGUAUGAACACAUUCAAAAUAAUUUAGUAUUUUAGAGCAAUGAGCUGUGGUAUAUCUAACCCUGUAGAAAAAAUAUUUUAUCAAAUAUCCUUGCUUUUGUUAUUUAACAUUUACUUUUAGUUCUUGAUUCAAGCUUUACCGAUAAAAUAUUUCAUUGUUUCCAUUAAUCAAGGAAAAAUAUAUUUUCUAACAUUCUGUGAAAUACGUCUCUACAUGCAACACUAAUCCCAGUAUGUUGUAUUUUUAGUUCUUUCAAAAUUUGACCCUGAUUUGUUUUUUAACCUACAGUGGACGUGGUUGGGUUUUUUUGGGGGGGGGGGGGGUGAAUUUUUAAGCAGGGUAUGAUUUUUCAACUGUGACUCAUUUCUUUCUGAAACUGACAAAAAUAAGUAGGGGGAAAAUAUCUGGGGACUUUGAUGUAAUUAUGAAAUUUAAAGUCAUGUUACAUUCUUGCAGGAAAACAUGCAGACUGUCUCUCAAUCUGGAGUACAAGGAGACAAUUGUAAAGGGGUAGAUACCUUCGAUGUAAACAUGUUGUACAUGUACCAUAAUCAAUUUAGUAAUGUGCAUUGUAGUAGAGAACACCUAUUUAUAUUUCUACUUAAAUGAAGGAACUGGUUACCAGUUGCAUUGGUUGCUUUAUAAAGGUUGUUGAAGAUUUUAAAUUUUUAAAUGUACAUUGUAAAUGCAAUUUUUUAAAUUUUUGUGGAAGGUGGAGUCAUUCUACCUGGUCACAGAAUGACAUGCAAUAUGCAAUCACAGAGAGAUUUUUUUUACUUCAUGAACAUUUUGUCAGGAUGUUAAUUCUUUGAACAAAAAUUCUGUGCAAUUCAUUUCACAUCAUUUAAACAAACCUAAUUUGGAAUCAUUACUAAAACAAUACUAUUUGACAACAGUAACACUAUGUGUACAUGUCUGAUGGAUGAAUGGUGUAAUUCAAUGUGAUAAAAAUAAAUAUAUUUAUACAAGUACAAA